ACCAGUAUAUCUUUUCCAUUUAUACCGUGCUUGUCAACUUCGAGUUCCAACAAGUCGUCUACUAAAACUUGGAGAAGCCCAGUGGAGUGCUGCUCUGCUCCAAGCAAAAACCAACACAUCCAUUCAAAUGGAGUUAUCCACGAUUGAAGGAGGCAUUCAACCACCAUUUCAACAAACUGGUGCAGAUUGUUUUAUAGAGGAGGAAGAUGAGGAACUUCAGUUGCAAUGGGCUGCAAUUGAGAAAUUACCUACAUUUAAACGGCUCAGAACCUCAGUGUUUGGUAUUGAUCACGACCUCGGAAGCAGUGGAAUGGAAUUAAAAGGGAAGAGGACGACAGAUGUUACCAAGCUUGGAGCAAUUGACAGACAUCUUUUCAUUCAGAAGCUCAUAAAGCACAUUGAGAAUGAUAAUCUCCGGUUGCUGCAGCAACUGAGAGACAGGAUUGACAGGGUGAACGUAAAGUUACCCACUGUGGAGGUGAGAUACAAGAAUCUGUCUGUGGAAGUGAAGUGCGAAGUAGUCAAAGGGAAGCCUCUUCCGACGCUAUGGAACUCUCUCAUGAGUCAGUUAUCAGUUUUUAAGAAGGUAAUACGGUGCAAUUCUCAGGAAGCCAAUAUAAGCAUCUUAAAAGAUGUCAGUGGCAUCAUUAAGCCAUCAAGGCUUACACUUCUGCUUGGUCCCCCAGGCAGUGGGAAAACGACCUUGUUAUUGGCUCUUUCCGGAAAGCUAGACCAAUCUCUAAAUGUUGCAGGGGAAAUCUCUUAUAACGGUUACAAACUAGAUGAGUUUGUUCCACAGAAAUCAUCAGCUUACAUAAGCCAAUAUGACCUGCACAUACCUGAAAUGACUGUGAGGGAAACAAUUGACUUUUCAGCGCGCUGCCAGGGUGUUGGAAGCAGAGCUGAUAUCAUGAUGGAAGUAAGCAGAAAAGAGAAAGCAGCAGGAAUUGUCCCUGACCCUGAUGUGGACACUUAUAUGAAGGCAAUAGCAGUUGAAGGACAAAAACGAAAUCUCCAAACGGACUAUGUUUUGAAGAUCCUUGGACUGGAUAUCUGCAGUGAUAUAAUGGUUGGUGAUGCAUUGACAAGAGGCAUUUCGGGUGGCCAGAAGAAAAGGUUAACAACAGGGGAGAUGAUUGUUGGGCCCACAAAAGCUCUAUUUAUGGAUGAAAUAUCGACUGGAUUGGAUAGCUCCACAACCUUUCAGGUUGUUACCUGUCUUCAGCAAUUGGUGCACAUCACUGAUACAACUGCAUUGGUUUCACUUCUUCAACCAGCUCCCGAAACAUUUGAUCUAUUUGAUGAAGUGAUACUAAUGGCAGAAGGGAAAAUAGCAUACCAUGGUCCUCGUAGUCAUGUACUUCAAUUUUUUGAGGAUUGUGGUUUCAAGUGCCCAGAAAGAAAAGGUGCUGCAGACUUCCUUCAGGAGGUAAUCUCCAAGAAGGAUCAGGCACAAUACUGGAACCAUGCUGGCCUUCCCUAUAAUUAUGUCUCAGUGGAUCAGUUCUCUGAAAUGUUCAAAGCAAGCGAUUUAGGACAGAGGUUAAAUGAUGAACUCUCAGAGCCAUAUGAUAAAUCUAAGAGCCACAGAAAUGCUUUGUCAUUUAGUAUUUACUCUUUGCGAAAAUGGGAAUUGUUCAAAGCUUGCAUGUCCAGAGAGCUACUUCUCAUGAAACGGAACUCAUUUGUCUAUGUGUUCAAGACAGUCCAGCUUAUCAUCACUGCAUUUAUUGCAAUGACUAUAUUUCUACGCACUCAGACGACUGUGGACUUGAACAGUGCCAAUUAUUUUUUGGGCGCUCUAUACUAUACACUUGUCAGACUCAUGACCAAUGGAGUUGCAGAACUGUCCUUGACAAUCAUCAGACUCCCAGUGGUUUACAAGCAAAGAUCAUUCUAUCUGUAUCCAGCAUGGGCUUAUUCGAUCCCAGCAUCUAUACUGAAAAUUCCAUUUUCUCUGGUUGAUUCAAUACUUUGGACAGCACUGACUUACUAUGUUAUUGGGUAUAGCCCUGAAGUUGGGAGGUUCUUUUCCCAGUUUCUUCUGCUGUUUGCCCUACAUCUAGCAUCAACGUCUAUGUGUCGUUUUGUCGCCUCAAUUUUCCGGACUAUGGAGACUGCAUCAACUUGUGGCGCUUUGAUCUUAAUGACACUUUUCUUGUUUGGAGGCUUCAUUAUUCCUAAAACCUCUUUACCACCUUGGCUGAGUUGGGGCUUCUGGCUUUCUCCCAUGACUUAUGCACAAAUAGGCAUAGCGCUAAAUGAAUUCCUUGCUCCACGAUGGCAAAAGGUUUCAAAGGGAAACACGACCAUAGGGACGGCGGUUCUAACCAGUCAUGGCUUGAACUUUGAGGGCUAUUUCUAUUGGAUAUCCUUAGGGGCUUUGCUUGGGUUCACUAUACUUUUUGAUGCAGGCUUUGUCUUAGCCUUAACUUACUUGCCAGCUCCUAAAAUGUCUCGAGCUAUUAUUUCGAAGAAAAGUAUUUCUCAGAUACAAGAAAAAAAUGGUAGCAGAAGUAGCACACAACUGGAUAACCAAUCAACUCUAGGUACCUUUUCCAAAGCUACUGAAGAGACAAAACGUUCUGGGAUGCUGGUCAUACCAUUUGAGCCUCUGACAAUAGCAUUCAAGGAUGUGCAAUACUUUGUUGAUACGCCUCCGGAGAUGAGAAAGAAGGGUUUCGAUCAGAAAAGGCUUCAGCUGCUUCGAGAUAUUACAGGAGCAUUUAGGCCAGGAAUUCUUACGGCACUUAUGGGGGUCAGUGGAGCUGGGAAAACGACUCUCAUGGAUGUCCUUUCUGGAAGGAAAACUGGAGGUAUUAUUGAAGGGGAUAUAAGAAUUGGAGGGUAUCCCAAGAUCCAGAGUACAUUUGCAAGAAUAUCAGGUUACUGUGAGCAAAAUGAUAUACAUUCUCCUCAGAUUACUGUAAAAGAAUCAGUGACAUACUCAGCUUGGUUGCGGUUGCCACCAGAGACUGAUCCAGAGACAAAAGCUAGAUUUGUAGAAGAAGUCAUUGAAACAAUUGAACUUGAUGAUAUAAAAGAUUUGUUAGUUGGCAUUCCCGGCCAAAGUGGCCUAUCUACCGAACAACGUAAAAGGCUAACAAUUGCAGUGGAGCUUGUUUCCAAUCCGUCAAUUAUAUUUAUGGAUGAACCUACGUCAGGUUUAGAUGCCAGAGCAGCUGCAAUUGUAAUGCGUGCAGUGAAGAAUGUGGUUGCCACUGGAAGGACAACAGUUUGCACCAUCCACCAACCAAGCAUUGACGUAUUUGAGAAUUUUGAUGAGUUGAUUCUAAUGAAAAUUGGAGGACAGAUUAUCUACUCUGGAAUGCUAGGUCGCCAUUCAAGUAAACUCAUUGAAUAUUUUGAGGGUAUUUCUGGUGUGCCAAAGAUAAAAAAUAAUUAUAAUCCAGCAACAUGGAUGCUAGAAGUUACUUCAGCUUCAGUAGAAGCAGAUAUUGGUUUAGAUUUUGCCAAAAUCUACAAGGAGUCACCUCUGUAUCGUGACACCAUCGAGUUAGUACGACAGCUGAGUGAACCACAGCCAGGAUCAAGUGACUUGCAGUUUCCCUCUCGUUUUCCAGAAAGUGGUUGGGUUCAGUUUAUUGCAUGCCUAUGGAAACAAUACUUAUCUUAUUGGAGGAGUCCUGAAUACAACUUGGGGCGUUUCGUGUUUGUGAUUGCUGCCGCACUGGUGUUUGGGGCAGUCUUUUGGCAGAAAGGAAAGGAGAUAAAAACUGAGCAGGAUUUGUUCAACAUACUUGGAUCCAUGUAUAGUGCUGUAAUAUUCUUAGGCCUAAACAAUUGUUCAUCGGUUCUACCAUACGUGGUAACUGAGCGCACCAUUCUGUACCGGGAAAAAUUUGCUGGAAUGUACUCCUCAAUGGCUUACUCAUUUGCACAGAUGGCCAUCGAAAUACCUUAUGUGCUGCUGGAAACGGUUUUGUAUGUGGCCAUUACAUAUCCAACAAUAGGGUACCAAUGGUCAGUUUACAAGCUCUUUUGGUACUUCUAUGCCACAUUCUGCACUCUUCUAUACUUUGUGUAUCUUGGGAUGCUGAUUGUUUCAUUGAGCACAAAUAUCGAAGUAGCUUCCAUUUUGGCAACUGCAGUCUACACCAUAUUGAACCUUUUCUCAGGCUUCCUAAUGCCAGGACCGAAAAUUCCAAAGUGGUGGAUCUGGUGCUAUUGGAUUUGCCCUACAUCUUGGUCCCUAAAUGGCCUGCUGACUUCACAAUACGGAGACAUGAAUAAAGAGAUUCUGAUCUUUGGGGAGGUCAAGACGAUUAGUUCUUUUCUUGAGGAUUAUUAUGGCUUUCAACAUGAUCGUUUAGGCCUUGUGGCCUUUGUUCUCAUUGCUUAUCCGGUCAUCUAUGCUUCCCUGUUUGCCUACUGCAUUGGGAAAGUAAACUUCCAAAGCAGGUAGAAAGGAGCUAAAAAUUUGUUUCCAAGUUAUCGAUAAUGUUAGAAGUUGCAAAGAUCUUCACAGCAUUUGUUAUAUAGUUCGUUGGGAACGUGGCUUUUCAGCUCAUGGCAAGGAAAGGAAGCAUAUGUAUAUAUACAUAUCAAAUGUGAACUAGCAUGACAUAAGUAUAUGAUUAUUUGGAAUUUCUAGCACAUGGCAAGGAAAGGAAGCUUAGUACUUUAAAAUGCCAUUCAAAGUACGAAUUUGCUAA